CAGGUAUUAUUUGCCCCGCAAAUGGCGGCAUGAACGAUCGGAUCCGUCAAAAGUUCUUGGAUGUUCACAACGAGCUAAGAUCGCUGGUGGCUAAUGGAAAAGCUAAAGACGGUUAUGGAGGUUAUGCUCCUAAAGCUGCUGCCAUGAACAAAUUGAAGUACGACUGCGAUGUGGAGAAAUACGCUGUGAAACACGCUGCUAAAUGUGUCUUCCAGCACUCAAAUACUAGAGGUCUUGGAGAAAACGUCUACAUGCGCGGCUCAGCGUACGACCCAGUAAAAGCUGCCGAAGAUGCUUCAAGAUCAUGGUUUGGGGAGCUUGCACAACACGGAGUUGGCAAAGACCUCACCUUCAGCAUGAAACUCUUCAACAAUAAAGUUGGACACUACACACAGAUGGUCUGGCAGUCUACAAAAGUCAUUGGUUGCGCUGUUCAAACCUGCCCCAGGAUGUCCUUAGCAGUCUGCAAUUAUAAAGAAGCAGGAAACAUGCUUAAUGCCAAAAUCUACGAAACAGGUGCACCAUGUUCGAAAUGCCCAGGAGGAUGCUCUGAAGGUCUAUGCGUCGUUUAA